CGGUUUGAAAGGCCCGAGCUUCGUGCGCUUGCGCAGUAAAGGCCGCCCGGGGCGCACCCCCUCUGAGCCCCACAAACUCAGACCUUCGUGCAUCUCUUGGGUCAGGCGAAGCCCACACGACGUUGACAUGCCGGAGAUCCGCCUCCGCCAUGUGGUGUCCUGCAGUAGCCAGGACUCGACUUACUGUGCAGAAAACCUUCUCAAGGCAGACACUUACCGUAAAUGGCGGGCAGCCAAGGCGGGUGAGAAGACCAUCUCUGUGGUGCUCCAGUUGGAGAAGGAGGAACAGAUCCACAGUGUGGACAUCGGGAAUGACGGCUCGGCCUUCGUGGAGGUGCUGGUGGGCAGCUCGGCCGGAGGUGCCGGGGAGCAGGACUAUGAGGUCCUUCUGGUCACCUCAUCUUUCAUGUCCCCUGCCGAGAGUCGCAGUGGCUCAAACUCCAACCGCGUUCGUAUCUUUGGGCCUGACAAGCUGGUCCGGGCAGCAGCAGAGAAGCGCUGGGACCGAGUCAAAAUUGUCUGCAGCCAGCCCUACAGCAAGGAUGCCCCCUAUGGCCUGAGUUUUGUACGGUUUCACAGCCCCCCAGACAAAGACGAGGCUGAGGCCUCAUCCCAGAAGGUGACCAAGCUCGGCCAGUUCCGUGUGAAGGAGGAGGAUGAGAGUGCCAGCUCUCUGAAACCUGGGGCUCUCUUCUUCAGUCGUAUCAACAAGACACCCCCAGUGACAGCCAGUGACCCGACAGGACCCAGCUAUGCAGCAGCUACACUGCAGGCCUCCAGCGCCGCCUCAGCCUCCCCGGCCUCCAAGGCAGCAGGCAGCGCCUCCAAGGUGAGAUCACCAGACCCCGGGGGAGCGGAAAAGGAGGAGAGGAGCUGGAGGCCUCAGCACAACCCACCCCCUAAGCCUCAGGAGUCCCCCAAAGGCAAGAGGAAGCUGGAUUUAAACCAAGAAGAAAAGAAGACCCCCAGCAAACCAUCAGCUCAGCCCUCACUCCCUGCCCUCAAAAGACCCAAAUUGCCAGCUCCCACCCGUACCCCAGCCACUCCCCGCCCCCCUGCCCCAGCACGAGGCGCAGCACCAGGGAAGCCCCGAGGAGAAGGCGCUGAGCCCAAGGCCCCCCGCGCAGGCCCGCAGGAGCUGGGGAAGAUCCUCCAGGGUGUGGUGGUGGUUCUGAGUGGCUUCCAGAACCCCUUCCGCUCGGAGCUCCGGGACAAGGCCCUUGAGCUGGGGGCCAAGUAUCGACCGGACUGGACUCCAGACAGCACACACCUCAUCUGCGCCUUUGCCAACACCCCCAAGUACAGCCAGGUCCUCGGCCUCGGAGGCCGAAUCGUGCGCAAAGAGUGGGUGCUGGACUGUCACCGCAUGCGGCGGCGGCUGCCCUCGCGGAGGUACCUCAUGGCUGGGUCAGGCUCGAGCAGCGAGGACGAGGGGGGCUCUCACAGCGGCGACAGUGGGAAUGAAGCCCCCAAGGCUCCCCGAAAGCGCCCCCAGACCAAAGCCAAGCCCCCUCAGGCAGCAGGACCUAGCUCACCCCAGAGACCCCCAACCCCAGAAGAGACCAAACCAGCCUCACCAGGGGCCCAGGAAGAUAAUGACGACACUGAGGCGGAGCAGUCAGAAGGACAGGACAACGGGGCAGAAGACUCUGGGGACACCGAGGACGAGCUGAGAAGGGUGGCCGAGCAGAAGGAAGAAAGGCAGCCCCCUGGUCAGGAGGAGAAUGGCGAGGACCCGUACGCGGGAUCCACAGAUGAGAACACGGACCACGAGGGCCCCCCGGAGUCUCCCGACCUGCCAGUUCCCGAGCUCCCAGACUUUUUCCAGGGCAAACGCUUCUUCCUUUACGGGGAGUUCCCAGGGGACGAGCGGCGGACGCUCAGACGCUAUGUCACAGCCUUCAACGGGGAGCUUGAGGACUACAUGAGUGAGCGGGUCCAGUUUGUGAUCACCGCGCAGGAGUGGGACCCCAGCUUUGAGGAGGCCCUGACGGACAACCCCUCCCUGGUGUUCGUCCGCCCCCGCUGGAUCUACAGUUGCAACGAGAAGCAGAAGUUACUUCCCCACCAGCUCUACGGGGUGGUGCCCCAGGCGUGAAAUGUGUGCGCACACACAUGGAUGCAUACACACACGCACGCACAUAUGUGCACGCAUACACACACACCCACACGAGUUUAAUAAAGGAGACUUGGCUUGGA